AUGUAUUCAGCAUCUGUUACUGCUCCUGUCAAUAUAGCGACCUUAAAAUAUUGGGGGAAGAGAGAUAAAGAUUUAAAUUUACCAACCAAUUCUUCUAUUUCAGUUACAUUAUCUCAAAAAGAUUUAAGAACUUUAACUACUGCUGCGACGUGUGAAUCAUUUAUCAAAGAUGAAUUAUAUUUAAAUGGAAAUUUAGAAUCUUUAGAAUCACCAAGAACUCAAGCUUGUCUUGCCGAUUUAAGAAGAUUAAGAGCAGAAUUAGAAGCGGCUAAUACUUCUUUACCAAAAUUAUCUCAAUUCAAAUUACGUAUUGUUUCUGAAAACAAUUUCCCAACUGCUGCUGGUUUAGCAUCAUCGGCUGCUGGAUUUGCUGCAUUAAUUACUGCUAUUGCAAAAUUAUAUGAAUUACCUCAAGAUAUGUCUGAAUUAUCCAAGAUUGCCAGAAAAGGUUCUGGAUCUGCUUGUAGAUCUUUAUUUGGAGGAUUUGUUGCUUGGGAAAUGGGUGAAUUGAAAAACGGUGAAGAUUCUAAGGCAGUUGAAGUUGCUCCAUUAUCACAUUGGCCCACUUUGAAGGCGGCAAUUUUGGUUGUUAGUGAUGAUAAGAAAGAUACACCAAGUACAACUGGUAUGCAAACUACUGUUAAAACAUCUGAUUUAUUCCAAUAUAGAAUUAAUGAAGUUGUUCCAAAAAGAUUUGAAGAAAUGAAACAAAGUAUUUUAAAUAAAGAGUUUGAAACUUUUGGUGAAUUAACUAUGAAAGAUUCUAAUUCUUUCCAUGCUGUUUGUUUAGAUUCUUAUCCACCAAUCUUUUAUCUUAAUGAUACUUCCAAAAGAAUUAUUAAGUUGAUUCAUAAAUUAAAUGAACAAGAAGGAAAAAUUAUUGCUGCUUAUACAUUUGAUGCUGGUCCAAAUGCUGUCAUUUAUUAUGAUGAAUCUAAUGAAUCAAAAGUCUUGGGAUUAAUUCAUACUUAUUUCAAUCAAGUUGGUGGUUGGGAGAAAUUUGAUACUACAACUUUAGAAAAGGUUAUUAUUGAAGGUACUUCUUCUGAUAUCUACAAAGGUGUUUCUAGAAUCAUUUUAACUUCUAUUGGAGGAGGACCUCAAGUAACUAAUGAAUCUUUAAUUGACCAAGAUGGAAAGGUCAUUGCUUAG